UACAUUUUAAUUGUGAGUAACAGUAAAGAUUUAUUUUAAAUGAGUGAAAAUAAGACUAUUACUGAUAAAGAUGUAUUGGACGCUAUAAAAAAUGUUUUACGAAAAAGUGGCGAUUUGAGUAAAAUACAAGCUGAGAUGCGAGCCAAAGUUACCGAAAUACUUCAAGACAGGCAAUUCACUAACAAUCCAGGUUGUCGUAACUUGUGUCCGCCUCCACCUACAGCCGAAGUACUACUCAUCAACGAUUUGAUAAAAGAGUAUUUAGAAUGGAACGGUUACCUCUAUACAUCCACUGUACUUACUUCAGAGGCUGCACUGCCUAAGGAAAAGCGAACCAGAGCCGAGUUAUGUGCUGAAGUGGGUGUCAAAGAUGACGAUAAAUCGUCAGCUUUACCUCUCCUAACGAAUAUCGUAGCGGCUUACACGGAGCGAAUAAAACGAAAGAUAAGCAAGAUUAAAAAAGAUUCAUCAUAAUUUACAUUAGUGCAGUCGAACCCGGAUAAGGGAGAAACCUUUAUAAACGAAAGUCAUGGUCCGGUUUCACGGACUCUAUAAGAGAAACUCGGGUUGGAGAAAAU